ACCCCAUCUCCACCACUACUUCUAAACUUUUUUCAGUCAGUUCUGUUCUAGUCGAAGAAAAUCUGAAACUAUUAAUAAUCUGGAGGAAAUUGUUAAUUAAAAAAAGUACGGAUAACUAAAUUAGCACAAACGACUUGUGAAUGAAUGUGUGAAGUGGAACUGUAAUAACUAAACGCAUUGAGCAAAAACAACACAAGAAGAACACACACUGAUUGAAGAUGACACUGAAAAAGGAAUUACGUCUACUGGCUAAACCCUAUUAUUGGGUGAACAUUCUCAUAUCCCUGUCCUAUUUGAUAUCCAAAAAGACAAUUCCCAUUUGUUCGAGAAUUUUUCGGCACCGAGAGGAAGAGAUGUGCGAAUUGGAUAGCAGAGAAACCGAGAUUCUUUUCUUCUUGCUGAUCAUCAUAAUGAUACGUUCAAGGAAAACGGGCAGUGUGACCAUGGUUAAUUAUCUGUCCUCCUCGUUCUUGUACACCAAAGUAGCUAAUGGCAUUUUGUGGGCCUAUAGUGAUUUUCGCUAUGGCCUUGGAUUCCUGCUGCUGUGUGUGCUGGUGGGCAUGAUUUUGUCCGAACCAACAUAUAAGGGACCAGAACACAUUACCUAUUUCCGUACGGCACAGGCUUUCGAGGAUGAGUUGGCCCGCGAUAAACGUAUCAACUGGCUAAUUUGUUUCUAUACCGUGUGGAAUCCAAGUUGUGUUAAUUUUGCACCAGUAUUUGCUGAAUUGUCCGCCGAGUACAAUUUGGAUAAUUUGAAAUUCGGAAAAAUUGAUAUUGGUCGUUUUCCCGAAACUGCACAAAAGUAUCGCAUUUCCGAUAGCAGUUUCUCCCGACAAUUGCCAACGGUAAUUCUAUUUCAAAAUGGCAAAGAAGUGGAGAGGCGUCCAAUGGCCGAUGCCAAGGGAAAAUUGCAGAAAUUCUUCUUUUCAUCGGAUAAUGUAAGGGCUGCCUUCGGUCUAAAUAAUUUGUAUAAACAAUGUGUGGAAAACCCUCUGAAGCCUUCCAAGCAACAACAACAAAUAUCUGCCAAUGCCAAAAAGACUAACUAGAUGCAACAAGAAGAUAUACAACAUACAUGAAUGCAUAAUACUAAAAAAUCAGAAUAUCGGGUGCUGACAGCUAUUGAACACGUCAAUAUUGUCGUCAUAAAGUUACUACUGUUGCUACAUUUGAUAAGAAGUUUUGAACAGAUUUCUGAUUUGAUUUGUAGUGUUCAACAAGAGAUAUCACUACAUAUUUAAACCAACACCACCACUACCACCACUAUUUUAGUCACUUGUUAAGUUAAUAUUUUGUUUGUAUUAACAUGAAUCGAAUAGAACGCGUUUUCAUCCGUGUCAUUGAGUUGUUUUUUAUUUUUAACUAUUUGUAUUAUUUGUACAAAUGAAAGUUUUGUUUGUAAAUUAUUUUCUAAAAAAAAAAUAUUCUAUUGUGGAAUACAUUUAGCUGCUUGCAUUUUAUUCUUGUCCCCUAUGUUUGUUUCCUUUUAAUUUGGAAUAGAAAAGCAUUUAUUUUUAAUACAUUUAUUUAUAAACACCUUUCAUCUUUUAUAAUUUUUUCAUCUCUUGAAUAAAUAAUAAGAAUUUAGUCAAUUUGUAUUUAUUAAAGCGAUGUGUUCUAGUACCGUUGUCAUUAGUAUCGUACUUUGAAUAUAUUUUUUAGUUUCAAUGAAAAUGUUUUUAGGCGCAAAUUAAUUUUUUUUAAUAAAGACAUUAUUAAAUAUAAACGAGA